GAGCAGGAAGUUCAGUACUAGCUAUUUCUGUACUUCUGCCAAUUUCACACACUUGUGAUCUCUUGUCACCGAGCCGAACUGAACCGUGCCUGUCUUCCAGCCAGCCAUCACUUUUGGACACUUUGCCGGGAGCCUCUCCCAUCCUACUCCAAUCGUCUGUACCAGUGCCACAUUUUAAAGGCUCCUCCAAAUGAGCUCCAGGAUCAUCAAGGCUUUGUUUUUCCACGGAUUAAAAGUUGUUUAGGGAAUUCCGUAGAAGUUUUAAGAAGGGGAAUCCUCGGAUCCCUGGUCUUCUUGACAGCUGAGCUGUAAAAUACAUUAUAGAGAUGAGCUACACCGAUCGAGCCCCAGACCCUGACCUCUUGGCCAGUUGUCACCCUCAAGACAGCCUUGAAGAUGAAUUGGAUUUCAACAUCCUGUUUGACUAUGAGUGCCACAACUCUUUGGCAGAAGAAUCGACUCCUUCACAUAAAAUCAUCAGCCCAUCUUCUUCUGGAAUUGCGUACUCUCAUCACGAUGUCUCCGAUUAUGGGUCCAAACCUCUGGCUUAUCCUAGGUUAUCCUCAGAUCCCAUGGGCACAUAUGAACAGCACAUUAGUGUAGGGUCCAGGUACCACUUAGACCCUAAAAAUGCUACUGGGGCUCCAGCUCUAAGUCCAAGGAUUGAGAUCACUCCAUCUCAUGAACUGUUUCAUGCAGGUUCAAACCGCAGCAGAGAUUCAGAUACUUUGGUAGAACAUCAGCCAAACUUAGCUGCUACCUUGCAAGUCUAUGGUUAUGAUGGCUACAGAGAACCGCUUUGCUUGAGCCCUGCUAGUAGUGGGUCAUCAACAAGUUAUAUUUCAGAGACAAAUUUCUCUCCUUACACCUCACCUUGCGUUUCACCAAAUAAUGGUCCUAAUGAUGACCUGUGUCCACAGAUACAAAACUUCCCUCGUUAUUCUCCUAGAGCUUCUCCAAUAAUGUCUCCACGGGAAAGCAUCACAGAGGACACCUGCCUGGGACCACGUUCUCCAUCUCCUCGACCCAACUCACGGUCAUCAUCCCCAGGCUUCAAAAGAAGGUACCCUUGUGCUGAGUUCUACAAUAGCCAUCAAACCAGCGUUUCUCCACGACAGUCACGAACACCCUCUCCCCAGGCAUCACCUCGUGUUCAUCUGAGGGACGAUAACUCUUCACUGAGUUACAGUAACCCUUCAGCAUCUGCACAUCUUAUGGAAGACCUGAGCUUAUCUACCGAUCCUACAUGUGGUGUACCAACAAAAAUGUGGAAAAACAGCCCAGAUCGUUCCCCAGUGGCUCCUCAUAAGAGCAUUCCAUGUCACGUUUAUCAGCCUCCAGAAUAUCUUGGGCCUUACGAGCAUGAUGAGAGGAAGAAUUCUGAUCCUGGGUCAAUCCUACUUGUGCCACCGACCUGGCCAAAGCAAAUUUUGCCUGCAAUGCCCUACUACAGCAUCCCUGUUGCUUCACUGCCUCCCCUUGAGUGGCCUCUGACAAGUCAAGCUGGAUCGUAUGAGCUCCAGAUAGAAGUGCAGCCUAAACCACACCAUCGUGCCCACUAUGAAACAGAGGGUAGCCGUGGAGCGGUGAAAGCUACCACCGGAGGACACCCUAUUGUCCAGCUUCAUGGCUACAUGGAAAACAAGCCUUUGGGACUUCAGACCUUCAUUGGGACAGCAGAUGAACGGAUCCUGAAGCCACAUGCUUUCUACCAGGUCCACCGUAUUACAGGAAAAACUGUUACUACCACAAGUUAUGAAAAAAUCGUCGGCAACACCAAAGUCCUGGAGAUUCCUCUGGAGCCCAAGAACAAUAUGAGAGCAACAAUUGAUUGUGCUGGGAUACUCAAGCUAAAAAAUGCUGACAUUGAGCUGAGGAAAGGGGAGACUGACAUUGGGAGGAAGAACACUCGAGUGCGACUUGUCUUCAGAGUACACAUUCCAGAAGCCAGUGGGAGGAUUGUCUCUCUGCAGGCAGCAUCCAGCCCUAUAGAAUGCUCUCAACGAUCAGCUCAUGAACUCCCUCUAGUGGAGAGGCAGGAUAUUGACAGUUGUCUUGUAUAUGGAGGGCAGCAGAUGAUUCUCACUGGACAGAAUUUUACAGCUGAAUCGAAAGUUGUAUUCACAGAGAAGACACCUGAUGGCCAGCAAAUUUGGGAGACAGAAGCCACGGUGGAUAAGGACAAAAGUCAGCCUAACAUGCUGUUUGUGGAGGUGCCAGAAUAUCGCAAUAGGCAUAUUAACACUCCAGUGAAAGUGAAUUUCAAUGUUAUAAAUGGAAAACGAAAAAGAAGCCAGGCACAGCACUUCACCUACUUGCCAGUGCCUUCCAUUAAAACAGAACCUAUUGAUGAGUAUUCUUCCAUAGUUGGGAGCAGCGCACAUACUGGGCUAGGAACAGCACCACAAACCUUCUACUCCCAGCAUCCACUGAGCAGUGAUUCCCCUUCAUGCUUGGCCAACUUGGUCUCCUGUCAACAAGUACGUGCUGGCCUUCCAUCACCUGAUUCACGAUAUCCACAGCAGAGCCCAUCAGCAGCUGUGUACCAAAGAAGCAAAAGCCUUAGUCCCAGUCAACUAAGCUAUCACCAGCCCUCUCUGGUGGCCUCUCAGAUCACAAUUCCAGAUCCUCAUAGAUCAGUCCUUGUUCACACUAGCACUCCAGUCCAGUCUGCAGCCAACCCUCAGCCAUCUCCAGUUAUUCAUUAUUCUCCCACCAACCAUCAGAUGAGAUGUGGAAGCCACCAAGAGUUCCAGCACAUCAUGUGCUCUGACUUCACAUCCAGUCUUACACGACCAACACAGGCGCAAACAAUAAGUCCCACCAACUAUCCCACGGUAAUCCAGCAGCAGUCCAAUAGCCAGCGGUCUCCUAAGAGUGGUCCUCCAGCCACAGAACAGAAGGAAAUCUUACCGUCAGGAGUCACCGUUAAACAAGAGCAGAACCUGGAUCAGGCUUACCUGGACGAUGAACUGAUAGAUACAAACCUUAGCUGGAUACAAAACAUUAUAUGAGGCCGAGGUCAGUGGUCUCUGAGGCAAGAAUUGAAAGUAAAAGUUAAUGAAAUUAUCAGGAAGGAGUUUUCGAAGCUGCCUGCUAGAAAUCAAACAUAGAAGAGCGAGGCCGCCAGGACCUUUCUUACUGAACGCUUCCUUCCCUGACCUCCGCGAUCCUCCCGCCUCAUGCACCCCACCUUCUGUUUCCUCUCCGUCCACUGCAAGUUGCCGAUUCCAGCACCACAAACAAUAUCCUGGCACCGAGCUCCGCCGCUCUUCUGGAAACAUCAAAGCCAUAAGACUUAUUGUCCUGUCAUAAGACGUGUAUCCCAGGACUGAUGACGGGGGAGGUAUAUAGGAUGGUGAGAUGGGAAGAUGUGAGGAGAACAAUCACUCAAGGUGACAACUGUUAGUCGCAAGACAAAUGGCGCAUACAUAGUGUCCGCGACUGAAGUGGUGCAGUGCUCAGGAUGUUCUGAAGGACUUACAAGAGCGCACAACAAGUCUAAAUCCAACCCACACAGCCUAAGAGGAGGCCGCUGUGUGGAUCUCCUGCCAUAGAGGCCUACUGCUGGGGAGCCACACUGUGUGCAGUACAAUCUGCUUAUCUUACAUUACUCUCAGUCAUACUUAAGAGUGUAUUAGACAGCCCGAUUUAACAGGCAAUUGUCCGGAGGGAAGCGUUCCUUCCCGGUAAUCGUCUGUUCGCUAGUGGAGGAGAUCACUGCUAUUACAUGCAGCGAUCUCCUGCUUAGUAUGGGGAGGAGAGAUCAUUAUACCAUCACUCUUCCCUAUACUGAAUCACUGUUUGCUGGCAGGAGAUUGUGAUUAGACACCACGAUCUGCCGCCUGCAUACGAUAAUUUUUUACCCUGUAAAUCGGCGGCAGUACACUGUUAAGCUGCCAGAUGAUCGCUAACGAGUGUUCAUCGUAACGCUCAUUAGAGAUCAUCUGGCAGUAUAAUACUGCUGCUCCCUUUUUUUCAAAUUGCAGCAUGCUCUGUUUGUGGCUUUUUUAUUUUUUUAUUUCCAAGCAUGUUCCCGACAAAGACUUUAAUGUAGGAAAAAAAUGGUCUGGAAAAAAUGUGUGACCGCGCCCCCCCCCCCCCCCCCCCAAAAGAAAAAAAAACGCUUGAAUUUCAUGAUGUUUUUUACAAGACAAAAAGUAAGACAAAAACGUAGUGUGAGAGCCCCCUAAUACAGCCGCUUCUGUGUCUCGUCCCCUCAGUCUAAGGCCUCAUGCACACGACCGUAGUUAUGGUCCGCAUCCGAGCCGCAAUUUUUUCGUCUCGGAUGUGGUCCCUUUGACUUCAAUGGGGCCGCAAAAGGUGCGGACAGAACUCCGUGUGAGGUAUGCAUCCGUUGCUCCGUUCCGAGGCCCCCGGAAAAGAAAAUAUAGCAUGUCCUAUUCUUGUCUGUUUUGCGCCCAAGAAUAGGCAUGUCUACAAUGGGCCCGUUCCUUUCCGCAAAUUGCGGAAGGCACACGGGCGGCUUCUGUUUUUGGCGGAUCAGCGGUUUGAGGACUGCAAAAAAACGGCACGGUCGUGUGCAUGAGGCCUAACCAUAAUUCAUACGAUGCAUAAGAUAAUUAUAUUUUUAGCUAAAAUAAAUAUUAAAUACAUACAUUUCUAUUGUCCUUUGUAUAGAGGGUUUGUGUCAUUUAAAGCAGGGAUCCCGAAAAAGCCCGAGCCGGCAGCUGCACCGUUCCCUCCACUUCAAUGUACAGUUCCCGCUUACAGCCCCCCCCCCCCCCCAACACCCCUAAUCCGGGGCUGAAUGAUCCCUGCUUUAAAUGGUAAGUAGAGAUCUCCUCGAGAGCUCCCGACAGCAACUGUAAAUACUGAAUGCAGAAUAUGUUAUUUAUUGUGUCUAAUCAAAUGUUUAGAAUGAGGAAUUUAACUAAUUUGCUUGUUUUAUAGAUAUAUAUAUGAGCCGCCUUUGUAUAUUUCUGUGGUAUAUAAUGCUUUAAAAAAAAAGAUUAUCUGAUGUAUCCCAAGGAAGGUUGCAUUUGCCUGUAGCUGUGUGAGGAUACGUUCAUGCCGCAGUAAUUCACCGCAGCGGCCAGAUCUUACAUUGCGGUGAACCGGACAAGCUGACCGUUCUAAUCUCACAUGUGCAGUUGUUUCCCUCUUUGACUUUCUUGGGGGGUUUUAAUGCUUGGAACCACAAUACGGUUUUCCAUGGGAACAGAUCUAGGAUGAUGACACUGAUUGCAGUACAGCCCAUCUGGAUUUGCCUGUAGUUUGGGCCAAGUUUUUUGUGGAUUAUGCUGCAUCACUACUGAUGUGUCUAAGCGUGUCCCAAGUUCGACUUGGCAAGGAUGAGCUGAUUAGAAGGAAAACUGGAAUCGGGACCAUGCACACAGACCCCGUAUGGUGGAACACAGGGGGAGAUUUAUCAAAACAGGUGGAAAGGAAAACUGGCUUAGUUGCCCAUAGCAACCAAUCAGAUUCCACCUUUCAUUUGCCUGAGGAGCUCUGCAAAAUGAGAGGUGGAAUCUGAUUGGUUGCUAUGGCCAACUAAGGCCGUUUUCCUUUACACCUGCUUUGAUAAAUCCCCCCAUAGUGUCUGUGGGGCAGUAGCUGAUCUACAUUCCUCCAUACUCUCCAGGUCUUGCUGAUCACACAUUUGGGCCCAACUACACUACAGACUGCAUCAAAAUCCCAUUCACAACUAUGGUUGCUGCGGUAAAAAAUUUCCUUAGGACUUCACCCCAAGUUGUGUUUUAUCAUCCCCAGGGACGGCAAAAACCGCAAUGUGAGAAUCUUAAUUGUAGGUGUCUCCCCAGAAUCAAUAUGGGGCCGCUGUCAAAUAAGCCAUAAUCCACAGAGUAUGUAUCUAAUGAGGAAUCCAAAGAAAUCCAGAGACAAUCAUGGAGGUUCUCACUUCUUUGGGAGCCUCCACUGCCUGCACUUGUUCAGUAAUAUGUUAUAGGAGGUUCCUCGCGGUAAACAGUCUGGUUGUCUCUUUCGUUUACCGAUCUGCCUUACAAAAUGUCUAAUACAAUUGCUAAUAACUGGUCGCUAUGGGCAGCAGCGCUGGUUUAGCCGUCCUGAGCAUGCUGGAUGACUGGCGUCAGUACCGCACAUUGAGCCUCCACAUCGUGCUGUCCGUGAAGCCUUAAUGUGUUUACCUAAUGUGGGAGAUGUGCUUGCUCUGCCUGGACCGCGGCCAUAUUUGCACAUGAGGAAAUUCAGUUUUUCCUCAACAAUGUGAAUGUUUUUACCAUAGUGCCUUCCUGUCAUUGUACCAAAGAAUCUCAAAUCACAUUGUCUGCCGGCUGCGCAGGUCCUGAUGGAUUUUCCAUGAGCGUAAUAUGGCAUCAGACAAGUGGCUGUGGAAUGUGAGGAGCUCUGGGUGUAGUGUUUCAGGUCUGCAGGUGCCUGAUGAAAAGCCCAGUCUUAGUUAGGCCUCCUACACACGACCGUAUGGCUUUGGCCUCAUGAACACGGCCGAUGUUUUGGUCUGCAUCCGAGCUGCAGUAUUUGCGGCUCGGAUGCAGACCCAUUCACUUCAAUGGGGCUGCAAAAGAUGCGGA